AUGAAGGGUAUCUCUGGUCUCUCACGCGUAACUGGUCGGGAACACGACCAGAUUUCUCGUUUUAUUCUCGGUAUAAUCAUCGAUAUUCCACUGCCAGAUGGACUUUCAUCUGGACGGCUCAUGGGUGCGGUCCGUGGAAUUUUGGAUUUUGUCUAUCUUGCUCAAUAUCCUAUGCAUACGGACGAAACCUUGCAACUGCUCAAUGACUCUCUACGAAUUUUCCACGAGAACAAGGAUAUCUUUGUUCAACUCGGAGUGCGUGAUAGCUUCAACCUCCCCAAACUCCAUGGAUGCUCUCAUUACUCCCCUUAUAUUCGACUCUUUGGCACAACCGACAACUAUAACACCGAGUACACUGAACGCUUACAUAUCGAUCUGGCCAAGGAUGCCUAUCGCUCAACCAAUUUCAAGGACGAAUUCCCUCAAAUGACGCUCUGGCUUGAACGAAAGGAAAAAGUCAUUCGACAUGCAAAGUUCAUCCGCUGGAAACUUGACGGCUGUCCUCCCCCUCCCACUCCACCCAAGCUGAAUCCUGGCAUUGUCUAUGAGCAUACCCUGCUUAUGGCAAAGCACCCUACCCAAAAGGCUGUUACAUUCAACACACUAUCAAGACACGAGGACACAACACAUUUGCUUUCUCCUGCACAGAUUCAGUCCAGGGCUGAACGCUUACAUCUCCCAUUCAAUCGUCUCCCAGUCUACCAUCGAAUCAAGUUCACAACCCCAGAUCCAUUCACUCUUGGCGGUCCCUCCGACAAUAUUGUUGACUCGGUGCAUGUUGAGCCAGCACGGUCGACCAAUAUGGGAAAGAUAAUUCCGGCCUGUUUUGACACAGUCUUAGUCAAUGAUGGUACAGGGGAGCUCACUGGAACAAAAGGUAUGCUUAUAAUUAGUCUUUAUAUAUCUUAG